AUGCAAGUCGUCUACGACCAACCACAAGUAGUCCCGCAGCCCCGCGCCGUACCAUUCCAUCAUGCUCGUCCAUCUACCAGCCAGUCUAUUAGCCGCCAUGUCUCUCAAUGGGUGGACAACAGUCGCGACCUCGCGACACGCGCUUCAUCACGUGCCAGCUUCUCUACCCUCACCCGACCACGACGAUCACACUCUGUUUACAGGCACUUCGACAAUGGUCUCGGCUUCAAUGGCAUUCAGUCUAUGGUAGAUGAUGCACCCAUGCCAGUCCGCCGUAACAGGAGCUUUCGUCGACUUGAACUAUCAAUCUACCUUCCCAAUGGAUGUGGCCGUCUUUCUCCACUGCCAGACUUUGAGGAUGAGGAGGUGUGGACUGCGGACCAGGUUGGCUUGGAGAAGCCUGCUCAAGCACUUAUUCGUCCACAAGACUCCCGCACGAAUUCGAUGUGUUCCAACCCAUCCACAUCUGAUUACUUGAUUCAACGCAAACCUGUCACUUCUUCCUCCAACUCAAUCAUGCACUCUAGGCACUCGAGUGUACAAAGCCAGAACAGCACUCGUACCGAGCGCCGCCUCUCUGGCACCACCAUGGCCACGAUGCAAACCCCUACUCUAUCUGCAUGGGUUGAGGAGCCAACAAGUUCAUCUGCAUCUCCCAUCGAGAAGCCCACCAUCCGCCGCUCCAACACAUCCGGCACUCUCUCUCCCGCACGUGUUCUCUCCCGCCUCCCAUCUCCCUCCCGCAACCGCGCAAACACCGCGCCCUCACCUCGCCCUGGCUCCCUCCGCCGCGCCAAAACCGACGUCGACGACGCCAUCCGCGAACUUAACACCAUCGUCGAAGAGCGCCGCGCCUCCGCCUACCGCACCCAAGCCCUCUCCCCUGAAAUCCCACCCUCCCCCUCUCACCACGUGCCCUACGUCGCACCCUCCAUGCGCAUGCACGUGCGCUCCGAGACGCUCUCGGACAUCGGCUCCGUCUUCUCUGCCCCGGUGAAAUGCAACAAGGCGCUCCCCGACGCGCCCCUCAAACGCCGUACCACCGGUCUUACUCUCGAACCCCCCUCACGCAAUAGCACAAUGGCGCUGUGCUCGAAUCCCAUCACGCCUCCCGCGCCACUCACGCCGACGAAAUCUAUGUCGAGAUUGACCACUUGGAUUAGGCGCUCGAUGUCUACUUCAACCAUGACUACACCGACAUCGCCUCGCCCUUCAACCUCCAGUUCAACGACAUACCACAUGCGCCAGGAUAGCCAGGAAAGCAGCACCAGCACCGCCACGCUGAUCUCCAGCCCGGCGCCCCGCAAAAAGCGCGUCCCCGCGCCUCUUGUCCUGGCCAAGGAGAUCAAUGUUGAGGCUGCCGUCAGGAGCGCGAGAAUUAAGCCUCCAGUCAGUCCAGCAGCGCAUUUGCUCAGGGGCAUGGAGAUGGCGGCAAGGGAUGUGGGCUUUAAUGGACGCGCGAGUAUGGCGAUGACGAUGCAUAGUCCCGGGGCGGUUGGAGUUGCUUUUUAG